AUGGUGGCUGCCGACGCGCCGAUGGCUAGUCCCGGCCCUGACGCCGCCGCCAGCACAGGCGGAUCGUUGCCGUCGGGCCAGAACUCGGCAGUGACAUGGUCGCUCGCAGCCGCCGCCUUUGUAGUGGAAGCCGAGCCCGGCGUGUCUACACUCGGACGAGGACGGUCGUCAUACUGGCGGAUCGAGCGAGGACGGGUAGCCGAGGGCACACGGCAUCUCUGCCGAGAGUGCAAGGCGUACAUCACAAAGGGCUCAAAGUACAUCAUCCGCCACGGCGCACGCAUACAGCUCCGCUACCACCAAGAGUGCUUCUCAGGCGAUGCAGAUCCGAGAUCACAGGCCGGAUCGUCGUAUGCCACAGACAAGAAGAGACUCAAUAUCGCUCAAGCUCCGCCUGCUGAUCCGGGCAAGGGCAAGUUCUUCUAA